CGAGGCGGAGCUGCAACUUUGUAUGAACUUCCAAGUUAGAAUUAUUUCCAAGGAGACACGGGGAUGGACUGGACUGUCGUCUCAGAGCAGUGGACAGUUUGAGUAAUCGUGGUGAAAAGCUGAAGCCCGAGGAAGGCAGGGGUUCUGUGCUGUAUUUUUUGCUCGCCUGGAAAUUGCGAGGGAAGGAGGAGAGGCUUGGAAUUCUGCAGCUAUCUAGCUAUUAGAUCAGAACCCCCGCGGGAGAGAGAGGUCAAACAGACAUCUUAGAGACCAGGAAGAGGACCUGUCUUAAAACUGUAACAUCCCUGAGCAGGAUGAAGAGGGCUUGCCUGCGAGGUCCUGAGCAGUGAUUGGUCAGAGCCCCCGAAGAAGGAGGACAGCAGCUGAUACCGCCCCGCCCCGCAACCUCCCCCCCAACAACCCCAAACCCUCCACCACCCCACCCCCCCCUCGGUCGCCGCGGAGCCGACCCCCGGCCCAUGCCCCCCGUGGCCGGCGCUGAGCCCGAGUGGCAGUCCCGCCGGCGGUGACACCGGGGCGCCAUGACCAGCCUGAAGCGCUCGCAGACCGAGCGGUCCGUCGGCGGCUCGGUGCCCGCCACCGACGAGUUCUACACCCGCCGCCUGCGCCUGCCCAACGGGGGUGCGCCGCCGCCCCGCAGCGAGAGCACCCACCUCUCCGGGAGCACGCCCGGCGUGCCCAAGAUGGGCGUGCGGGCCCGCGUGGCCGACUGGCCCCCGAGGAAGGACGGCGGCGGCGGCGGCGGCGGGGUGUGGCACAUCACCGUGGAGACGGACUCGCCCAGCACGGUGGGCGGGACGCAGAGCAACCUGUCCUCCAAGCUGGGCCACCUGAUCAGCCCGCAGGACUCGUCCAUGCUGCGCAACAUCCAGAACACGCUCAAGAACAAGAUGCACGCGGCCAGCCGCGGCAAGGACAACCGCUUCCUGUCGCCCGACGGCUACAUGGGCUCGCCGCGCAAGGGCAUGCGCCGCAUCCGCCAGCGCAGCAACAGCGACAUCACCAUCAGCGAGCUGGACGGCGACGGCGGCGAGCACUGGUCCUUCUCCGGCUGGUCGCCGGUCCACCGCGAGUACGGCAGCACCUCGUCCAUCGACAAGCACGGCGUCUCCGGCGAGAGCUUCUUCGACAUGAUCAAGGGCUACCGCGGCGGCGGCGGCGGCUCCCCGGACCAGCGCGGCGGCGGCGGCGGCGGCGGCGCCCCGGAGAAGCUGGGCGAGCUGCUGACCGUGGCCCACAAGCCGUCGGCCCUGGACCUGCCCGAGGGCGGGCCGGCGGGCUCCCAGCGCGGCAGCCCCUCCAGCCGCCUGAAGGAGCGGGAGAAGCCGCCCAAGCGGCGCUCCAAGUCGGAGACGGGCGGCGAGUUCAUCUUCCGCAAGCUGCGCAGCGUCCGGGCCGAGGGCGCCGACUCCCGGGCGGGCUCCGACGCCGAGGACAACCGCUCCGAGGACGGCGGCGGCCCGCCCCCGAAGCCGUGGACCUGCCAGAAGGGCUUCGCCCACUUCGACGUCCAGAGCAUCCUGUUCGACCUCAACCAGGCGGCGCACAGCCGGCAGGCGGCCGUCAAGCGCAAGAACAUCACCACCGGCGCCUCCGCCGCGUCCGCCGCCUCCGCCUCCCCCUCCCUCUCCGCCCAGGGCGGCAGCGGCGGCAGUGGCGGUGGCGGGGGUGGAGGCGGCGGCGGCGGCGGCUGCAGCUCCCCCUGCGGCAGCCAGGAGGAGCUGAGCGCCAAGGACGGCCCCGCCCUGGACCCCGGCGACGACAAGUCCAACGACCUGGUGCUCAGCUGCCCCUGCUUCCGCAACGAGGUCGGCGGCGAGGGCGAGCGCACGCUCAGGCCCUCCUCGCUGGGCGGCGGCAUCGGCGCCGGCGGCUCGGCCGCCGGGGAGGGCGAGGAGGGGCCCCUGGAGGCCCCCGCCAGCCACCACUUCACCAACGCGGGCGUGGCCAUGCUGGAGGCCCCCCGCGACGGCCAGGGCCUGCACAGCGAGCGCGGGAAGCAGUACAUCGUGGAGCACGUGGACUUGGGUUCCUGCUACUACAGGAAGUACUUCUACCUGCGAGAGCACUGGAAUUACCUGGGCGUGGACGAGACCCUGGGCCCGGUAGCGGUGAGCCUCCGGCGCGAGAAGCUGGAGGACCACAAGGAGCACGGCCCUCAGUACAACUACCGGGUCAUCUUCCGCACCAGCGAGCUGACCACACUGCGUGGGUCCAUCCUGGAGGACGCCGUGCCGUCCACCUCCAAACACGGCACACCCCGCGGCCUGGCGCUCAAAGAGGUCCUGGAGUACCUGGUGCCCGAGCUCAACGCCCACUGCCUGCGGCUGGCCCUCAACACGCCCAAGGUCACCGAGCAGCUGAUGAAGCUGGAUGAGCAGGGGCUCAGCUUCCAGCUGAAGGUGGGGGUGAUGUACUGCCAGGCGGGCCAGAGCAGCGAGGAGGAGAUGUACAACAACGAGUCGGCCGGCCCCGCCCUGGAGGAGUUCCUGCAGCUGCUGGGGGAGCGCGUGCGCCUCAAGGGCUUCAACAAGUACCGCGCCCAGCUGGACACCAAGACCGAUUCUACAGGGACCCACUCCCUGUACACAACCUACAAGGACUACGAGAUCAUGUUCCAUGUGUCCACCAUGCUGCCCUACACCCCCAACAACAAGCAGCAGUUGCUAAGGAAGCGGCACAUCGGCAACGACAUCGUCACCAUCGUGUUCCAGGAGCCCGGUGCCCAGCCCUUCACCCCGAAGAACAUCCGCUCCCACUUCCAGCACGUCUUCGUCGUGGUGCGGGCGCACAACCCCUGCUCCGACAACACCUGCUACAGUGUGGCAGUCGCUAGGUCUCGGGAUGUCCCUUCUUUUGGGCCGCCCAUCCCCAAGGACGUCACCUUCCCCAAGUCCACCGUGUUCCGGGACUUCCUGCUGGCCAAGGUGAUCAACGGCGAGAACGCCGCCCACAAGUCGGAGAAGUUCCGCGCCAUGGCGACGCGCACGCGCCAGGAGUACCUGCGCGACCUGGCGGAGCGUCACGUGACCAACACGCCCAUCGACCCGUCGGGCAAGUUCCCCUUCAUCUCGCUGGCGCACAAGCGCAAGGAGAAGAGCCGGCCCUACGCGGGGGCGGAGCUCCGCAGCCUGGGCGCGGUCACCUGGCCCGUCCACGUGGAGGACCACGGCGCCGGCGGCGAGCUGGAGGCCCUGCUGGCCGUCUCCAACGAGUUCCUGGUCCUGGUGGACCAGGAGGCCAAGGCGGUGGUGUUCAACUGCGCCGUGCGCGACGUCAUCGGCUGGACGCUGGGGAGCCCCGCCUCCAUGAAGAUCUUCUACGAGCGCGGGGAGAGCGUGGCGCUCCGCUCCGUCAACAACAACACCGAGGACUUCCGCGAGGUCGUCAAGCGUCUCGAGCUCCUGACCAAGGGGUGCGAGACUUCGGAGAUGACCCUGCGGCGGAACGGGCUGGGCCAGCUGGGCUUCCACAUCAACUACGAGGGCAUCGUGGCGGAGGUGGAGCCGUACGGCUACGCCUGGCAGGCGGGGCUGCGGCAGGGCAGCCGGCUGGUGGAGAUCUGCAAGGUCUCCGUGGCGACGCUGACGCACGAGCAGAUGAUCGACCUGCUGCGCACCUCCGUCUCCGUCAAGGUGGUGAUCAUACCCCCGCACGAGGACGCCACGCCCCGCAGGGGAUGCUCGGAGCUGAAGAACAUGCCGGGAUCGGACUUCAAGUCGAGCUCGGAGAGCGUCUCGUUCGAGUACAAGUUCCCCUUCCGCAACAACAACAACAAGUGGCAGCGCACGUCGUCCAGCCCGCAGCAGUCUCUCACCGCCUCGCCGCAGAGCCACGCCGGCACGCCCAACCGCGCCGUCAGCCUGGGCGGCAGCAUGGGCAAGACGCUGUCCGCCGAGCGGCCCGCCAUCCCCCGCAGCGUGUCCAGCGACGGCCGGCCCCUCGACCCCAAGAGGAUCUCUCCUGGCUCGGAGAACUAUGCGCUGGCCUCCUCCAUGAUGAUUGGCCGUUCGCCGCACAACCGCAGCUCUCCCAGCAGCCUCUCCUGUUCCAGCGACACAGGCCCCGCUCACUGGCGGCAGAAGUCUAUGCCCGAAGGGUUUGGGGGUAGCAGACACUCUCCUCUCUCUGUGGAUCGACCUGGCAUUGGGGACACCAGUGGCAGCAGCAAGUCCACAGCCAGCUGGCCAAAGUCAGACGAUGGGGGAGGAGCCAGGGGCGGAGGAGACAGAGGCUCAGCAGACGCUCCCAUCUCCAAGUCUGGCCCCCCAUACUCUGGUGGCCCCCGCAUACAGAGGCAGGAGCAGGUGAUUCACCUGUCCCCGAAGAAGAGCAGCCAGGACUCCGCCUACUCCGCCCACUCCAGCAGCAACACCCUGUCCAGCUCUAGCUCCGCCCACAGCGAGGACAAGUGGUACGACAUGGGAGGCGGGGCCGGGGGCGGGGAGCAGCCCGACUCGGAGAUCAACGGCUUCGGGGGCGGGAUCCUGCAGGGGGCGUCGGCCGACAGCGGCAUCGACGCGGCCUCGUACGGGGCCUCGCACAGCAGCACCAGCUCCCUGCUGGCCCCCGGGGCCCCGGGCCCCAGAGAGAGGGCCCCCUCCCCCUGGCACAGCCCCACGGAGGGCGGCCGGCGCAUGCUGGAGAGGUCCCCCCCGGCCGCCGAGUCGCCCGUGCCCCCGGGGGCCGCCGAAGGGCCCACCCGCCCCAAAUCCGCCCACCCCCUGAUGAGGGACAGCAGCACCUACAGCAUGGGGGACGCCGCGCACAGCAGUGGCCACAGCUCUGGCCACAGCUCCCGCCGUAGCUCCCCGAGGGAGGAGAGCGCCACGUCUCCGUCCUCCCAGUCCUCCCUGCCCCCCGGCCCCAAGACCUUCUACCCCCGCCAGGGCGCCACCAGCAAGUACCUGAUUGGCUGGAGGAAACCUGGCAGCACCAUCAACUCCGUGGACUUUGGCGACACUCGCAAGAGGCACCAGGGGGAGGGGCCGGAGGGCGGGCACCACCAGCACAGAGCCCCUGAGAGGGAGGGGCACUCGCCCCAGCACAAGGGCAAGGCCCCCGCCGAGGAGAAGCUGAGGAAGCUGGUUACCGUGGAUACCCCCAUGACCAUCAGGGUGGAGAGCGAGAAUUCCUCUUCAGGCCCCGCCCCUAACCGCCGCUCGCUCCACCGCACCCUGUCGGAUGAGAGCAUCUACCGCGGCCAGCGGCUGCCCUCCCUGGCCGACUCGGUGCUGGAGGAGGCCCUGGGCAGCGACGUGCUGUUCGGCUGCUCCACCGUGCCGCGCUCGCCCACCACCCGCGGCGUCCCCCUGCGCCGGCCCUCCUACAAGCUGGGCGUCGCCCUGCACGGUGAUCUUUCGGCCUCAGACACCUCCCUGGCUGACCUGCAUGAUCGCCGCCGGCAACCCCCGAAGGACCUGAACCUCAUGCCCCUCCCGGACUCGGACCACCACAGCGGGCUGGACUGGACACACCUGGUGGACGUGGCCAAGGCGUUUGAGGGAGAGAGAGUCCGCAGCACAUCCUUUUUCUCUACCCGAGAUCUGAGCCAAAGAAGAGGAAGUGCUGCCUCCAGCCCCCAGCAGGCCGAGCUGCUGCAGGCCCCGCCCUCUCGUCCCUCCCAUUCCCACGGUGAGCCCUCUGGUGGCCUGGCAGGGAAGGUCACUCAGCUGGAGGCCUUGGUGAAGAUGCUGCAGGAGGAUCUGAAAAAGGAGCGCGAGGAGAAGGCCAAACUGCAGGCUCAGAUUCAGACCCUGUGGGAGGACAACCAGCGGCUGCAGGAGGAGGCCCAGAACUCCGCUGCCAAACUCAAGAAGUUCACCGAGUGGGUCUUCAACACCAUCGACAUGAACUGAAGCCCACGGCCCGUGGCCCCACCCCCCCCCCCCCCCGAGGAAGAGGACAAGGAGGAUUAGGAAGCAGGGGGAGGAGGAAGAGGAUUGGACGGCAGCCUUUUUUUGGUUCCACUUCCUGCCUCGGGGCCUUCCAGUCCCGCCUGGGUUACCUGUCCAGUCCCACUCCGCCCCUCCCCCAGAGCAUUAGCGGCUAUGGCUAUCGCUGAAGAAUAUUCUUUCGUUUUUCUCGUUUCUCAGGAGGUGAACUUCGUUGACUCGGUCUCGCUGCCCGGUUGUGGUUCCCGCGCGGUCAUUUCAAAACGAACGUCGUUCAGAACAAAUCAAAUGGUUGGAACAGUUUAAUGAAGGCCGUCCAGCCUCGAAAUACCCGGGGCUUUACUUCCAUCUCAGACGUAUUUGUUUUCCUCUGUUUUCUUUUCCUCGCGUUGUUUUCCUUCUUUGUUCUUUCCCGGCACACUUUGGAAGGAUGAACUGUUCUCUCUUGCCGGCGGCACUUCCAUCGCUCUCGUACUACCAUGGAAACUGCUGGGCUUCAGAUCCAGUCAGCUCUUAUUACCGUGGAAACCACCGGGCUUAAGAUCUAGCCGGCGCUCAACGCUACGGAACCCGCCGGGCUUCAGAACCUGUCUGUUCUUAAAUCCCUGACCUAAGAGGGGUUCUGCUAGGCUGCCAGAACACAGGAACACUUCGGAACAGGCUUCAUACGGAAUCAUCGUGGAGCUACUCUCCGACUGACAAUCAAGUUUCUUUCGUUCUCUCUCUCUCUCUCUCUCUCUCUCUCUCUCUCUCUCUCUUCUCUCUCCCUCUCUCUCUCUCUUUCUCUUUCUCUCUCUCUCAUAUUCCUGAAGGAGUACAGUUCACCGAUCGGUCCUUGACGUGGAGACCCGAUUAGGUCAUUGACUCUGUGGGUCCUCAUUGGGAGACGUCAGAGGGGAGGGGUGUGUUGGAGGCGUGGCUAGGGCCUGCCCCCCUGACGGAGAUGGCAGCUACCUGCAUGCAGUGACAUACCUGACUUAUAAUAGCUUAGUCCCAGUGUGCAUUUCAGCAAUGCAGCUCUGUGCUGUGAUGUCACAGAGUAAUGACUAAAUGGACAUUCCUGUCAGAUUUAUCGUGUGGAAAAACACAUUGGUUUGGGGCGCCAUAAGGCAAUACUGAAUGACAAUAAUCAGGUGAAUAUGGGUAAUGAGAUAUUACCUUUAAAAAGGGAAAAUUGCUCUUAAGUGUGGUUUAAUCCCAAAAUAUUCAGUGUGUAUGGGCUUUGACUCCAAUGUAAGCAAUCUGACAUCUUCGGUCUGUGGUAUAGGGUACUGAGGAGAGUCUCCUUCUGCCGGACGUUCUCCAAGAAUGUGAAUUUAUUGAGCAAUGAUGUGUGGAUAGUUUCAGAUUAAUUUAUUUCUUUGUAUAAAUAUAUAAAUCCAAGUUGUCCUACACAUUCACCACAGCUGAUGUCAAAGUGUAUAGUCGAUUUAGAAGGGUUAGUCUCUUGAUUUCAGUAGCCAUUUUAGAUUUUUUUUUUUUCUGUAAAAAAAUAAUCAAUUAGUUGAAUGUUUUUUUUAAUUUUAAUAUUUGUAUAGCUUGUGGUCGUGGUGCCCUAUUCUUAGCCUGCUGUUGUGUAGCUACGGGGCCAUCUAGUGAUGAUUAUCAGACAUGACACUCCAGUGAAAAAUCAAUCCGCACCCAUUCGAUCCACAUGCAUACGAGAGUCGAUUGGUCCAAGACGGCUGUGAAUCCUCCAGGCAGAGAUUCUGUGUUCUCCGGUAUCUGACUUGGCAAUUUUUGUUCUAAUUACCCAGGAGGGACCACCACCUGCUCAUGCAUGUUCUGUGGCCCCUGCGUGUCAAAUAGCUGCCAUUACAUUCCUAAAGAGAGGACCGUGAGACCUCUUCUGGAAAAGAACAGCAUUAAACUGAAAUGCACAGGGCGAAUUUUGGGGCAUGUAAUAUGCACGAUAUGUGUCAUCGCUGAGGGAACACUGCCUGGUUUCUGGUUUCUGCGGGGCUGCAGUUGGGCCAGUGUGUACAGUUUUGUUCACCUGCUUGCAGUUGCACCAACACGGUGUUGACUGUCUGGUUGACUAUAUGAAAUGGUUCAGGUAGGCCAUAUAGGUCCAGAAGGCACUGCUGUGUAACCCCCCAGCGGCUAAAACCGCAACAUUUCAUCCCAGGGGCCUGACAUAUGACUUUUAAGUCAAUUGUAAAUAUUGUGAAACCUUCUGGUGUCUUUCAAUUCCCCAAUACUUCUGGCCAAUGGAGUGGUUAUGUUGUCAGCAAACAAUUGAUUUUUUCGUCGUUAAUCAAGGCUUUAAUACACAUUCUGGAUAAACAGCAUGCUGUGAAAGUCACAGUGUCCAAGCGUAUGGUAUAUUGUACACCCAAGGGUCAAAUAUUUAUUAAGAAGAAUAAGUUUGCAAUUUUUCAAAUUCUUUGAAAUUCUGUCCAUGUCUUGGUUAUAAAUGGACAGGUUUUACGCCAAGGUGUGAGUUCUGGUUCUGUUUUAAGAAUCGGGAGAGAUGGGCGAAGAUUUUUCCUAUUUUCAUAUUGCUAUCAUGACACAUCAGCUGGUUUAGUGAACACUUUUCAGAGAGUCAGUUGCACACUCCGAAGGAUCAAGUGAACACUUUUCAGAGGGUUGUGUGCACACUUCACAGAGCCAAGUCAACACUUUUCAAUUAGCCAAAUGAACACUCCGGGUCACUAGUAUACUAUAUUUGAUUUUCCAACAGCCAUGUAAUGUUAUCAAAUAUUUGUUUUAUUCCUCUUAUAAUUUCUAAUUGUCUUUCUGUAAAGUGUGACUAAAUAAAUAAUUGAAUUCCCAUGAAUAGUAGUCCUAUUUCACAGAAGUGAGUUGUAUUUGUUUUUUAGUGAAACUGAGUUUUGUUGAUUCUCAGCAAACAUGCUUAUCGUUUGUUUUAAUUGUUUGUUCUGUUUGCUAGAUAACUCUGCCUUUAAGACUUAAAAUGUGAAUGUUUAUUUUUUUCAGUUUAAUUUUAUUUGCACAUUGUAUGUUUUGUACAAAUGAUUAUUAUGAUUAGUUAGAAAAUAAACUUCAGCUGUUGCAGUUUUAAUUCAGUUUUCCUCUUCUAAGUAUUAGUGGCCUCUGUGGUUUCAGAAACGUCUGCUUCUGAUUGGACAAUGUAGACAGGACUGCUGCUUCCUGUUUGUGAUGCCUUUAAAAAAACGCAACUUUGGGUGUGUUACCUGUAUCUUUCUCCCAAGUGAAUACGUCCUUCAAAAAAAUCUUGUUUUGAAUGAUAUGUGCAUUUAAAAAGAAUAUAAUUAAUGAAGUAUUGUUUACAUAUUCUAUUACUUUUUUUGUAAGAUGUAGAGGUUAAAAAAAAAGAAUAAAUUUGAAGUGAUCACAGUAUUAAUGGUUCUCAAAAAAAAAAAAAGACUGAGGUGCUGUAAUUUUUGACAUGUGGUCAACAGACAAGUUUUUGCUGGCUGUCAGAUAUGAGGUGUUUACUGCCGUUGCUCACUAGAUCAAUAAAUUAAUUUAUAUGCUUUUAGGACAA